CAUUGUUGGUCCCCAGUUCUUUGGGAAGUAAAUAACAACAAAAUAUACAUAAAUACAUGUAUACAUAUUUAGGGCCAAUUUUGAAUUUAGGAACGUAAAAGCGCAGAUACCCCAUUAUAUCGUUUGGUCAUGAAUUUGUUGUGGCAGCGAUGGACCCUAUGUUCCAGGAAGACAUUUCUACCGACACCGGUUCACUUAGGGACCUGGUUAAUUAAGUUGUAAACUUUUGUUAAUUGUGUAUCUAAGUCGGGAAUUAAUGACGUUUCACUGAUGUUCGUGUCUUUAAAAAUUCGUCAGAAAGGAAACAAAAGGAACAAUAUCUCUACACAAAGUUUUAGGAAAUUAUAACUUGUUGAUUUACAUCGGCCUACCUUUUCUGCAUAUUAGAAGGGAACUUUUAUAACGAAUGUUCUAAUAUCUAACAAGUUUAUUCUGUAAUUAGUUUGUUGUCUGUGACUCGACAUCCUUUAUUGGUAAUCGAUUCCCAGUUUCCAUGGCUCCUAAUCUUGUCCUGUAUGUUCCUUCAAUAAUUUAUACGAAUGGCCUCUUGUUGAUCGAUGGAAUUCUCACAUAUCUUUGUUGAGAUUGAUUUACAUUGUUGAUGCUAUUGUGAAAAAUCUGACGUUAGUCUCAUAAAUCUGUAGCAUAAGUAAUGGAAAUCGAUUACAUGAUCAGUGUAAUUAGUUCCCUGUGAGGUGUGACGACGAUGCGGUUUCAAUUCAUGCCACAAGUCAGCAGGAUGGUCACACGACCUAAGACUGCUAGAAGACCUUUGGACAAUGAUAAACCUAAGCCAAGUAUCAGCAGUGAAGAUUUCUAUGCAAACAUGGCUGCAGUAGCUGAAGAAGAAUCUGACUUAAGCUUAUCAGAUGUUGAUGCUGACCAAUUGGCUAAGUCAUUGGCUGAUUUGGAUGACAUGGAUGCAGAUCUAUUUGGUGGGCGGAAGAAAGACUCUGACAGCAAGGCACCACAGAAAUCAAGUUCAGCAGGUACUUCAGAGUCCCACCAUCCUCCUAGCAGAGAUGGGAGCCAAGAUCAAGAAGCAACACAACAGACAAAUGAUGAACCACCAAAAACAGCUUCAACAUUGAAGAAUCAAGAAUCAAAAUUUAACGACGACAUAGACUUGACUGGGUUGUUAUCUGAUGAUGACAGCCUUCUUCAAUCUAUGGACAAGAAAGAGAUUACUACUAAAUUAGCCUCAGAUACAACAACAAAACCCGGUUCUACAGAUGUACCUCCACCUCCAACAAAGACAACUACACUUAACCCAUCUCCAAAUACUCCCAGUAUAUCGAAAGUGAAAGAAACUAAAGGACCUGCUACCAAAAAGGCUGUGACAUUUAACAAUGAAGAUGAUAUAUUUGAUGAGCUUGGUCUAAAUGACAGUCCACAAGAAAAUACUCAAUCUUCAAAAUCUAAUCUUGAUUAUCUUUUUGGAAGAUCUUCCCCAACUGAAACUUUUGGCGGUUCUAACGACAAAAAAUCCCUGGUUGAUGAUCUUUUGAAGGGUAAACAUAUUACUAAUUCAUCAGAGCAGGGAAAGAACAAGGAAGAAGACUCCGUUUUUGGCUCAUAUGUACCUUCUGUCGCUGCAUCAUCAUCCUCAUUAUCAACUACAAGGAGCGGAAGAGUGCUUGAUAAAAGUGAAAGUAAAUCUUCCCUGUUGUCAGAUAAUUCAUCCAAACGAAGAGGGUCCUUUCUAAAGACAUCUCUGGAUGAUAUUAACGAUGAUGAUGAUGAUACCUUUGAUUGGUUAAUGGGAAUAAGUAAAGAAAAGAGCUCAGUAAAAUCUUCCACAUCUCACGAAACAAAGAAGACAACGAAACCAACAGUAGAAGAAAAGAAGAGUAAAGAAAUUGUUUUAGAUGAUGAUGAUGAUGAUGAUGACUGGUUAGGAAUUAAGAAGUCCACAACUGAUACUGAAUUAAAUGAAUCGCUCAAAACCGAGAUCUCUCACCCAGCUAAACCAAGUUUGACUCUUAAAGAUGUUCUUCCACUUAAGACAGAAACCCCUGGGAAAGUUGAAAAAUCGAAGUCUGAUGAAAGUUUUGAAUUUAACAUCACCCCAAAAGCAAGUGCCGUCCAAGGAAAAUCGAGUGUUUUAACUAAAUCAGAACCAACCAUUCAACCAAGUGGGGGCCUGGAGAAAUCAAGUGCCUUAUCAAAAUCUGAACCCUUUUUUUUUCAACAUAAUACAGUCCAAGAAAAACCUGAGGAAAUAACGGUGAAAUCUCCAAAGUUAGCAGCAUCCGCAUCAGCUGAGCCAGCAGUGAAACCCCCACAUGUCACUAAAGAGGACCGACCUAAGCGCAGGGACAGCUACAGUACUUAUCAAACUGCUGAUAACCAAAAUACCUCACAAGAUUUCAAGCAACAAAGUAUGCAGGUUCUUACAGAACUAAAUGCUCCAAAACCUAGUUUUCACAUUGUGCCAAACAUUACUAAGGGACCCUUAGAUGGUUCCUUAGCCACACUAGCCGAAGCUGAGAUUAAGAUACACCGUCUUCAAAUAGAGAAGGAACAUUUGACUAUGUUAAAUGAAACUAUCCAGAAACGAUGCAAUGAAGAGAUAAAAGCUGUUGAACAAUCAUAUAAAUCCAGAUUUCAGUUGAUGGAGGAUACCCAGCAGGAAAGAGAGGUUAGAUUGAGGAAAGAAAAUGAAGAACUCCUCAAACAAAAUCUUGAAAAAAUCUGUCGCCUUGAAGAUGAGAAAUCUGCUUUGAUACAACGUCAUUAUGCAGCACUGGCAGUAUUUGAAGAAGGGAAAGCUGCCGAGAUGCAGCAACUACGUGAAGCCCAUCGUCUAACUUUGCAGCAGGAAAGGCAAGAUUUUACUGAGACAAUCAACAGAGUGAAGGAAGCAAAGCUUCAAGAAUUGGAAGCAAUUAACAAUUUCCAGUCAACAAACAGAUCUCUAAAUAUUGUGAUGGAGAAAAUGAAUACAAAUGCUGAAGAACUUGGUCAGUUUCAACAGAAGUUAGACAGAUGGCAGAGUCAAGGGCUGGAUGAGAGAGAAGUGUCAAUGCGCAACCGUGAUGAACAGCUGAAGAUGUUGCAAGUAAGGUUGAACAGGCAGCAGGAAGAAAAUGGACGUGAGAGACUACGACUGGAGGGCCUGAUUGAAAGACUGGAGUGUCAACUUCACAGUCAGACCCAGCUGUUGGAGGACGAGAAAUGGAAAGUGAAGCAAGAGGUGAACAAGUACCAGGCAUUGCAGGUGUCUGUUGAGGCUGAGAAACGGUUGUGGGAAGAAGAGCAGGCCAGAGAGAAGGCUGGUCUUGAUAAAUGCAGGAAAGAUCUUUUGGAAGAACAGAAGAGACUAAUGACACAAUUAGUUGAGGAACGACGAGCUUUGGCUGAGGAGAAAAUCCAAGCAGAUGUGUCACAGAAAUUGUGGAAAGAACGAGAACAUCAAAAUAUUGUGAAGGCUGCCAAGAUUGAAACUGAGUUUGAUGUGACAAUGAAGGCCCUUUCUGAAGAAAACGAAAAAUGUGCCAAACAGAAAGAGAUUUUAGAGACAGAACAGAGGAUGUUGGAAAAAGAACAGAAAAAAAUGAACAAAGAGAAGUCACUGUUUGAAGAAGAAAAGUCCCAAGUUUUCAAAAUGGCAGCUGAGAUCAGAGAACGGUCUUUACAAGUAGAGUCUUUAUAUACAAAUGCCAACAGAGUAAAAGACGAAGGUGAGUUAGCCCUCACCAAAAGCAGCAAACUUGAUAUGGAGCAUAAACAACGAUGGAAAGACUUGCUGAAGCAGAUGGAUUUAUUGACUGAAAGGGAAAAAGAGCUGGCUGAACAACAGAUCAAAAUGCAUCAUGAGAGACAGGGUUUGGAAGAACUACGUAAGAGCCAUCUUUGUUUCCGGUGCCGAGUGCCAAUGACUGAAACCAAGUUGGCAACUCAAGGACUUUCCACUAUGGCUGCAAGUUUAAAAACUUCAGAGAAACUUCCAUCUAUGUUUGUUCCUGUCCAAGUGAGCAACACACUGCAACAGACAAACUUCCAAGAUACAUUGGACAGUAUGGUAACUGACAACUGGCUAACACAAUGGAAGAUACAUUCUCUCAAGGACCAGGAAUUUUUGUUUGGAGAAAAUCUCUACUUGGCAACUCUAGAACGUUCACAGUACCUUGCUGAUUACACACUCAAAUGAUUCUUGACCCACACCUGCCAUCUCUAUUUAUGAAAACCAUUCAGAAUCUUAAUUUACAUUUUAUAUAAAGCUCUCCGAGUCAUGUACAAACACGAUAUCAAAGCCAUUGCAAGACCUCUCUGUCAGAGCAUUGACACUGAGGCCAUUUAUCUUAUUGUGCCACAUGUCACCUCAGUGUUGACAAAUCAUUCCAUGCUAAUACCAAAUAGUCACCAAAACGUUAUCAAACUUAAUAAUCCUAUUUAUAUUUUGACAUCUUUAUAUGAUUUAUACGUCAAUAUUGUUUUCCCGUUUUGGUGGGGGCGGAUUUUAACAUAGCUCUUAUUAUAAUAAUUUAUAUCAUUUUGUAAAAAUACUUUACAUACAUUUCUUAAUAAAACAGAAAUCAUGAUUUUU